UAGCAUUUACCGAUUUUUUCAGCCCAGCACCGCUCCACCGGCCAUAUUGGGCUGUAGAAAUAAAGCAGCUCUAAUGUUAUAUGUCACCUGCAAAUAACCCGGGCGUUCGAAAAAAGGCAAACCACCACAACCCACACCAACACCAAGCCCUCUCCACACACCCAGCUCCUUCACUAUGAGCCCGGAUGCCUGGCUCCCUCAGCCUGCCCUGUGCCUCUCUGCCCUCAGCCUGCUGCUCUCGCUGGUGCCCACAGGGCUGGGAAUGGAGGUGAUGGCCCCCCCCAUCAUCAACGCCAUGAACGGCAGCUCUGUAAAGCUCUCCUGCACCUUCAACUCCUGCUACAAGGUGGAGAACAAGCAGUUCUCCCUCAACUGGACGUACCAGGCAUGCACAAACUGCUCCGAGGAGCUGUUCCUGCAGUUUCGGAUGAAGAUCAUGAACAAGCAGCUGGAACGCUUUGGGAACCGAGUGGAGUUCACUGGGAACCCCACCAAGAACGACGUGUCCUUCACCCUCAACAACGUGCAGCUGGAAGAUGAGGGCACCUACAACUGCUACGUCCUCAACCCCCCGGACCGGCAGCGGGGCCACGCCAGCAUCAGCCUGAAGGUGCUCACCGAAGAGCCUCCAAAACGUGAUUCAAUGGUGGCCGUCAUCGUGGGUGCCUCCGUGGGCGGCUUCCUGGCCGUGGUCAUCCUGGUGCUGAUGGUGGUGAAGUGCGUGCGCCGGAAAAAGCAGCAGAGGCUGAACACGGAUGACCAGAAGACGGAGGAGGAAGGAAAGACGGACGGCGAAGGCAACCCGGAGGAGGGCACCAAGUAACACAGCCUGCUUCCCCCUCACUGUACAGCGUGUCCCGUCCGUGUGCUUCCCACAGCCAGGAUUGCUGUCUGCCCACAGUGUCCCUCCUGCCACCCGCACCGCCAACCCGCCUGGAGCAGGGCGCAGGGAGGAGCGGCCCCGCAGCUGCCGGGGGGGUCCGGGGGGGCUGGCUCCUGCCCCACAGCCGGGCUGGGUCCGGCUCAUCCCCGCUCCGUGGGGCACAGGUGCUGGGGACGGGGUGGGGGAGGAGGGGAGAGCACCGAUGUCCCCGUCCCAUCCCUGAUUCUGCCCGUCCUUGUGCUGGGGUGCCAUGGUGAGGUGCUUGUGGCUCCCGGUGUGUCAUGGACGUGCCCUUCUUGGGCUGUAUUUGAGCCUGAGCACCUCAUCCGAAGGCGCUGGGCUAAUUACUCAGUGUGUGUUUACUUCCCGGGGAGAUGGAAUGUAAUGGAAAGUGUUCUGCUGAUGUGCCAAACCGCAGCGGCGGGGAGAAGGAGCAGUGUGUGCCGGAAUGGAGCGGGCACAGCCAUCACCCUGAGCCCAGGACCCAGCACUGCCCCUCCCGGCUCCUCAGGGGCCCUGCACAACUUGUACUGCCACGGCCACGCACUGCCAGCCCGUGGGGCCCCGCGGUGCCACCCCCAAACCCCACAGUCCAGCUCCUGCCCUGCUUGCAGCUCCCGGAGCCUGUGGGCAAACCCUUGUCCUGUGCAUCCAGGACCUUGCAGGAGAGCGGUGCCAGCAGAGGCAGCAAGCAUUGCAUCCCCUGCUGCACCGUGCCCUGCUGUCCCUUGUCCUGCUGCAGCCAGGACGUGCCCUGCUCUGCCCCAUGCACCCCCCGGGCUCAGCCCGCUGCCUGCACCCACACGCACAGCUGCAUCGCUUCACUGCUCCAUUGCGAGCGGUUUUUGGGGCCAACUCAAGCUGUGAGCUCACAGCCAGCCCCACACCUGCCUUCAUCUCACUCACGCACUGUCCUUGGAUUGCAACUUGCCAAUGCAUCUGUCUGUACAUAGCUGUACACAACGGAGAGUCUACAAGUACAUAUACAUAGAUAUAUAUAGAUAUAUAUGGGAGGUGCUGCUAUCGGCCAUAGCUGCACUUUGGGUUUGCACCUUCCAAUGUUUGAUUUGUUUUUCUUUUUGCUGGUGGUGUUUUUGCCAAAGCCUGAUUGGAGGAUGUUUUUAUUGCUCUUUGUACAGUUCAACAGAGGAACAACAAAAUGCAAAGUG